AUGCAGGUGGAUUACAAAAGGCCGUUCCAGCAAAGCCCAGCUAAGCGAAUGCACUUUAAAAAGGUCGCCCCACAGGCCUUGGCACAAGGCGAACGAGAUGAAAUCUCGAUUGACCUAUCACACGGACUAAACCUUCCUCUUGAAGUCACCUUCAUGCAGGUCACAAGUCACCCUCUAAACUUCCGAAUUAAUUGCAAACGCAGUUUGUUCUGCGUCUGGAGCUGGCAGCUGCGCAGUAAUAACUGGCUCCAUCCUACGCAUGUCAAAUCCUGGCGGAAAAUGCCUCUCUGCAGUGACGCCGACGCUGCCAAGGUGGAGGUGAAGAAACAUGUAGUUGUUUGUCCACGGGGUUGCCUUGUGCAGGCAGGUCCCGUCGUUUGCGAGAGCACGUCCACUCACCACCGUGAUGGUGCGUGGCCUUCCAUAGGGGAAUGCGGCCAAGUGGACGGUGGGCAGCACCAGAUGUGGGCUGCACCUGGAAGGGCAGCUGUUGUGGACGGCGGAACAGAAUCGAAACACAGACGUGGAGGACCAUUUGAGCAAUACCGACCAGACAGGCAAACGACCUGUGGUGUCGUCAGUGAAAAUUCGGAAUCUCGUCAGGACAAAAGUUCCCUGACUUGCUGCUGUUCAGUCUGCAUCGAGUUGACGCACGGUGAUGAUGAUGAUGAUGAUUAUGAUUAUCCUGCUUGA